AUGAAGGGUAUGCCAAAACUCGUGGCACUGAUGGUGGUGCUGGUGCUAGUGGCACAGGCUGUGGACGGAGCAGCCUUCCCGCUGGAGGACAGCCCGUACCUGCAGCCGUUUUCCACCCGGACCGUGUACAAGUCGGCAAGCAACGCUGCGGCGUGGCCGGUCAAUGGGAUUCCGGCUGCUACACCGGUCGUCUCGCUUGCUCCGCUUGUCUCUCUUCCAGAUGCGGUGGUGGCGGCCACAGCUGGCGGCCUGUAUCUGGUCAACGCGGCGUCGCCAGAGGCUCCGGCCAAGGCUGUCGAGCUCCCGGCAGGCCUCCCACCCACCAAGCCUGGCCUCCGCAUGGCCAGCGGCGGCGGAUGGAUUCUUGUCGUCAACCCUGAUGGCGGCUUUUUCUGCCCCGAGGCCAGCCUCUUUGCAGCUCUCGCUGGCUCUGCUGAUGACGACGUUGUGGUUCGCGCUGCUGACUCCCACCGGAGCGGCGCCGCCGAGUGCAUCACCUUUUUGGGUUCGUUCACCAACUUGACCAACCCGGUGGUGGUUGGCGCAGACGGUGGCGCUUGGAUCGGCGACGCUGAAGGCCUGUGGUCGCUCGAGUGCGAGGUUGGAGCGACUCCUGUGCGCGUGCCGGCGUCUGCACUCCCGGAUCAUGCGCCCGAGCUGGAGCUUGUGCGCGCGCUGGCGUACAACCCGACGACGCACGUGCUUGCGGUCUCGACGCACCGCGCGAUGUUCCACCUCGACGGUGGCGUCUGGCGCUGGGUCUACCGCCACGGGUUCAUCGCCGCCUCGCCAUCGGCGCUGGCUUUCGACUCCAAGGCUGGCUCACUGUGGAUGGCGGCCAAGGACGCGCUGACGGUGAUGCAGCCGAACCUGCAGAUUCUUAGGUUUGAUGGCAUUGCACGGAACCCGGCGCUCGCCGGCCUGCCGUUUGCCAACAUGACUGCGGCUGCGGUUUGGCAUGGCUCAGGCGCGUUUGCCGGCGAGACCAAGCUGUUUGUGGGCACCAUCAACGGUAUCGUCAUCCGGCACAUCACGUCCGGGACGUGGUCGUACUACUCUGGCCCGCGGUGGAUCGCCGGCUCGACGAUCUCUGCCCUUGCCAUCUCGGGCUCAGGGGUGGUGGUGGCGGCAACCGAGACUGGGCUCACCCUUCUCUCACUCACGCCGACAACGCUUGCGAGCAAGGUCAAGAUCUAUGAGGCCAUGCUCUCGCGGCACGAUCGAUACGGGCUGGCCGGCGACUGCGGGCUGGCCAAGUUUGGUCAGGUUGAUUCCUGGUACGACAUGCCCAACGACAACAACGGGCUGUGGACCGGCCUCCUCCUCGGUGGCCUCUCGUACAAGUACGCGGUGACCGGAGCCGAGGCCGAUCGUGCGCUCGCCUGGCACUACUUUGAGGGCCUUGAGCUGCUCAACAACGUGACCAACAUCAAGGGCUACCCGGCGCGCUCGGUGUGGCCGGUUGGCACUCCCGGCCGCGGCGCUGGCCUCUGGUGGAACUCGACCAACCCCGAGUACGCCGGCAAGCUCGAGUGGAAGGGCGAUACGUCGUCAGAUGAGAUCACCGGCCACUUUUUCGGCGCAGCCGUCACUUUCCGCAUGGGUGUGGCCAAGACGGCGGCCGAAAAGGCGCGCGUCGUUGCCCUUGUCACCAACCUCAUGGACACGCUCAUCGAGCACGACUACCUGCUGUUCGGCCACUACGGCAACCGGACCACUUGGGGCGUCUGGUCGCCGCGCUACCUCAACGGCAAGUACUCGUGGCGCGACGAGCGCGGGCUCAACUCGCUGCAGGUCAUGGGCUUCCUCUCGGUUGCCUACGAGCUCACCGGCGACGCCAAGUACACCAAGGCUCUCGAGGACCUCAUUGCCAAGCACGGCUAUGACGUCAACAUCAUCAACACCAAGAUCACGUGGCCCAAGGAUGACAACUUUUCCGACGACGAGCUCAACUUUACUCCGCUCGCCACUAUGCAGCUCGCGCCUUCGGCGACCGCAGCUUUCAAGUCGUCGAUGAUGCUCGGCAUGGAGGGAGUGUUUGCGCGCAUCGCCACCGAAAAGUCGCCGCUGUGGAACACCGUGUACGCCGUCGGCCACGGCGGCGCAGCGGCGCCGAGCAACGAGCCGCUCAUUGCCGAUGCUCGCGACUCCCUGCGCCAGUGGCCGACCUCUAUCCUCACCUGGCCGACCGACACCACCCAGCGCAUCGACCUCGUGCCCAUGCCGGUCGCCACCCGUGGCGGCGGGCCGCAGGCCGUCAACCUCAUCCCCUACGACGAGCAGAUCUUCUCCCGCUGGAACUCGAACCCGUUCAAGAUCGCCAACCAGGGCUCCGGCAUGUCCGAGCCCGACCCGGGCGUCUGGCUGCUUCCUUACUGGAUGGCGGUGUACCACGGGCUCAUCGCCGCCUAGCCGCAAACUCCCACACAUUCUGCCCG